AGGGGGUGGUGCGGGAUUGACAUACGCGCCAGCAUGCCGGAGCCGGGCGCCGACGCGGCGGCGGCGGCGGCAGAGCCCGGGCCGGGCCUGCCGGAGCGCGGCCACCGGCCGGCCGGCCGCACCGUCUCCCACCAGCCGUUGUCGCCGGAGCGGCGUGGUCACGUGCGCUCGGCCAGCCAGGGCACGCAGCUGCCGGGCCCCUCCAUCCUCAAGGACCCGGAGCGGGCCGGCACGGCGGCGCGCCGCGGCCAUGCGCGCGCCUUCAGUCACGGGCAGAUCGGCAUGGAUGGACUGGACGAUGUGCAGCGCGCCUCCUCCAGGACCGAGUUCACGCUGCCGCCCGGCCACGUGUCCCGCGAGCGGAGCGGCCGCGGCGCCACCGGCCGGCAGCGGCACGGCUCACGUGCCGACAGUCUGUUCCGCGGCCACUCGCGGCAGGCCUCGCGCUCCGAGAGUGUCUACACGCUCCGCCAGACGCAGCAAAGCUCCUCCAUCUUCGACUACUUGUGCUUCUGGAAGAAAAAGGUGGCAGAGGAGGCGCGCCUGCGUGUUAUUGUGCCAAACCACACGGUACCGCCGGACACGCCGGCCAAGCAGCACCCGAACGCCGGCUUCCUGGACAACUACGUCCGGACUACCAAGUACACGUUGCUCUCUUUCCUGCCAAAGAACCUGUUCGAGCAGUUUCACCGUUUCGCCAACCUGUACUUUUUGUUCAUCGUGUUGUUGAACUGGGUGCCGGAGAUCAGUGCGUUCGGCAAGGAGGUGGCGAUGCUGCCGCUAGUAUUUGUGAUGGGCGUGACGGCAAUCAAAGACCUGUUCGAAGACCGGCGCCGCUACCUCAGCGACCGGCGGGUCAACACGUCCACCUGCAGAGUCUACGACAGGGACAGCGGCCACUACGUGCAGCGGCUGUGGCGAGAGGUGCGCGUGGGUGACAUGGUGCACCUCUCCUGCGACGAGCUCAUCCCGGCCGACCUGCUGCUACUGCACUGCUCCGACAGCCAGGACGUCUGCUACAUCGACACGUGCAACCUGGACGGCGAGACCAACCUCAAGCAGCGGCGCGUCGUGCGCGGCCUCGAGGGCAAGCACGAGACGUUUCACGCCAGCAAGUUUUUCGGAACGGUGGAGUGCAACCCGCCGACGACCAAGCUAUACCGGUUCUUCGGCAGCGUGAUCCACCAGAGCAGUCAGGAGCGCGUGCCCGUCACCAGCGAGAACCUGGUGCUGCGCGAGGGCGUGCUCAAGAACACCGACUACGUGGAGGGCAUCGUGGUGUACGCAGGACACGAGACGAAGGCGCUGCUCAACAACGGUGGUCCUCGCUACAAGCGCUCCAAGCUGGAGCGGCAGAUGAACAUGGAGGUGAUCUACUGCGUCAUCAUCCUGCUGCUGCUCUGCUUCACGGGCGCUACCGGCUCGGGCCUCUGGCUGGCCGGCUUCGCCGACACGGUGCCCUUCUUCCCGUACUCGUACAACUCGCUCAACCCGCCGCUCGAAGGGUUCAUCACCUUCUGGACCUUCGUUAUCAUCCUGCAGGUGAUGAUACCCGUCUCGCUGUACGUCACGCUCGAGAUCAUCAAGCUCAUGCAGGUGUAUCACAUCCAUAACGACCUGGAGCUGUACGACGGCACCACCAACAAGCGGACCGAGUGUCGGGCGCUCAACAUUACCGAGGAGCUGGGUCAGGUGCAGUACCUGUUCUCGGACAAGACGGGCACGCUGACGGAGAACAAGAUGGUGUUUCGCCAGUGCACCAUUGGCGGCAUCGAUUACAGCCACGACGCCGUCAUGGAGGGCUCUGGGAAGUUCGAGAAGCCAUCGUUCGUGCUGAACCGGCGGUUGCAGGACGAGCUGAACCAGAUGGAUAUUCAGCUGUCGGUGGUGAACCACACCGGCGAGCUGCUGUUCACGCCACACGCGCAGCGCGUGCGCGACUUCUUCCUGCUGAUGGCCUGCUGCAACACUGUGGUGGUGGCCAAGCACCCGCACAAGGACAAGCUCUCGUCGUCGGGCACCACGCUGCUGGACGACUCAGCCGACGAGAGCUCGCACCAGGUCUCGGUGCCAGCCACCACGCCCGAAGACAGCGUGCUGGAGGACGCCGGUGACGCGCCGGACUUCGUCCGCACGCCGAAGAAGUGGCGACGUAAGCUGGCGAUCGGCAAGGCCGACUGGCUGACGCUACCGCUCAGCCUACCGCGCAAGCAGUCGCGCUCCAACACGCCCACGCCGCGCGAGCUGCGGCCCAUCUUCGAGGCCGAGAGUCCCGACGAGAUGGCGCUGGUCGAGGCCGCCUACAAGUACAACGUCAAGCUGUUGCGGCGCACCGCCACCCACAUGGUGGUCUCGCUGCCCGCGGAGGGACUGGUGGAGUUUGAGAUUCUGCACGUGCUGCCGUUUGACUCGGACCGCAAGCGGAUGUCUGUGAUACUGCGCCAUGUGCCAACUAGCCAAAUUGUCGUCUACACCAAGGGGGCCGACUCGUCGAUGCUGCCGGUGGUGCGGACGACCAGCGACUACCAGUCGCAGGAGAUCCUCUACCGCACCCAGCAGCAGCUGAACGUGUCGUCGCGCCGCGGCCUGCGCGUCCUCGUGUUGGCCAAGAAGUGUCUGACGGAGGAGGAGUACCAGCACUGGCUGACGGCACACCGUGAGGCGGAGGCUCUGCUGCACUCGCGGGAGAGCAAGCUGCAGCAGUCGUACGCCGCCAUGGAGGAUCGCAUGGAGCUGCUCGGCUGCACGGGCAUCGAGGACCGGCUGCAGGAUGGCGUGCCGGAGACGCUGUCGGCGCUGCGCAGCGCCGGCAUCGUCGUCUGGGUGCUGACCGGCGACAAGCAGGAGACGGCCAUCAACAUCGCCUACUCCUGCCGACUCUUCAGUCAGGACAUGGAGGUCAUCAAGAUCAACGCCAGGAGCAAGAAUGCGGCCGAGCGGACCGUCACCUUCUACCUGGACCAGCUGAACAGCGAGGGGGCCGAGUCGGCGGCGGGCGGCGGCGGCGGCGGUGGCAGCUGGAAGCGACGCCCAGCCACGCCAGCCAGCCUGUGGUCGGCCGACACGGCCAGCACGGCCGAGCGCAGCGGCAAGAAGGCGCUCGUGGUGGACGGGAAGACGCUCACCUACUUCCUGGACGCGCGCUCACAGCUGCAGGUGCCGUUCCUGCGGCUAACCGGCUACUGCUCGGCGGUGCUCUGCUGUCGCACUACGCCCCUGCAGAAGGCCUACAUCGUGCGCAUCGUCAAGAACCAGCUGGGCGCCCUCACCAUGGCCGUCGGUGACGGCGCCAACGACGUGUCCAUGAUCCAGACGGCUGACGUGGGCGUGGGCAUCUCCGGCCAGGAGGGCACGCAGGCCGUCAUGGCCUCCGACUUCGCGCUGGCCCGGUUCCGGUACCUGCAGCGGCUGCUGCUGGUGCACGGCCACUGGUGCUACGACCGCCUGGCGCGCAUGGUGCUCUACUUCCUCUACAAGAACGCCACAUUCGUCUUCGUCAUCUUUUGGUACCAGCUGUACUGCGGUUUCUCCGGCGCCGUGAUGGUGGACCAGAUCUACCUGUCCCUCUUCAACCUCAUGUUCACCUCUUUGCCGCCUUUCGCCAUGGGCAUCUACGACCAGGACUGUCCGGCCGAGCUGCUGAUGGCCCAGCCGCACCUCUACAACCAGGGCCGGCUCUCGCAGGUGUACCGGCCGCACUCGUUCUGGGUCAACAUGGCCGACGCUCUGUAUCAGAGCGUCAUCAUCUUCUUCUUCGCCGUGCAUGCGUACCACGACUCGAGCGUCGACAUCUGGGAAUUUGGCACCACCGUGGUGGUCAUCUGCCUCGUCACCAUGCUGGCGCACGCCUCUAUCGAGAUCAAGUCAUGGACGUGGAUCCACGCGGCCAGCAUCGUGCUGUCGCUGGUUUCUUUCUUCGUGUUCGCGCUCGUCUACAACGCGGUGUGCUGGGCGUUUCCCAGCCUGGCCGGUUCCUCCUGGGUGAUGCAAAUGGCCAUGAGCACCCCCACCAUGUACCUGGUCGCCACGCUGGCCGCCGUCGCCGCCUGCCUGCCUCGGCUGGUGACGCGCUCACUGCAGCAAACGCUGCGCCCGUCUGCGGUGGUGCGCGCCAGUCUGCGCCGCCGUCGCGCCGAGGAGAGCCACCAGAUGGCCGAGCUACGCUCGGCGCCCUGGUCGAGCAGCACUUCCCUCUCGUCCGUGUCGGUCGUCAGGACGAGCGAGUACAGCGGCGCCGCCGAGCGGCUGGAGCAGAACGGUAUGCCGACGGUGGCGUGAGCCGCGCCGCCGCCCGCCGCUGCCGCCCGCCUCUGUGAUACCGGCGGCGCCGCCGACAGCGCAAGUGCCUUCGUGGGCCUGGAGGACGGCGCCGAGACUGUGCCUUCAGUGACCUGGAGGGUGGCCGAGACUGUGCCUUUGGUGACCCGGAGGCCAGCAGGUGACCGGUCGCCGGACUCGGGCUCCCCCUGCGCGGGUCUGUCUGUUAUUGUCACCUUCGUCACGUGGCGCCGCUGCAGCCCCGCCUCCUUCAGUCGGUGUGUUCUGUCUCACGAUGCCGCUGGCUUUUCGGACACACAUUCCCCCAGCGCCGUGUACUUCGUCAGUCGUUUCUGGCAUUUCACUGUGUUACGUACGCUGUUGUAUGCGUUAUGUUAGUGCCUUUGUAGUCCGGACUGCGGGUGUGACGCCGGCAAUCAUUAGUCUGCUUUCAUAUCGGUUGUUAUGCGUAGAUCGAGGCGGUCGCCGAAUCCGGGGUCAUUUGCUUGAUUGUAGAUCGUUUUGAUACUUGUUUUGUACUGGUUGGCCCAGCGCGUUGACGAACGCCAUCCUGCACUAUUUAUUCGCUCGAUGCUAAGAAGCUACGUUGUUGGCGUGAUAGCGGAGUGCUUUAUCGGUGCACCGAGGGCACGCCUUAUUGAUGAUCGACUAUGUUAUUUUUGUGAUUAGCUCGCGUGCCGCGCGACGGAUUGGCGGUGCGAGCUUGUUUCGGCGCAGACAGGGGCCCGCUCCACGCGUGGUUGGCUGUCGCGAGACACGUGUGUCGCUGUGAAGCUGGCCGGCCGCGCCGUCUGAGUGGAUCAGCACCUGUUGCAUUGGUGAUUUCUCCAGCACUCGAUGUUGGUGUUUGAAUGAAGUUGUGAUGUGCCCGCGUGUAGUCCCGGCCCAGCCACGCGCCCGCCGCCCGACCGCACGCCGCUGUCCUGUCACACGCUCAGCCUGACCAGUCCCCUCGUGCCAAACUAGCGCACCUCUGUCGCCGCUCUGUGACCGACGCGUCUACUGCUGCCGCGGCAUGCGCUGCGUACCCAUGUACCUGGCGCCUGCGCCUGUCCGGAGCAGGCGGGUGUCGGUCACACGCCAGACUGUACCUGAGUCUUCCGGCUCUCUCCACCCUGCCGCUGCCGAGAACCGGUCCCUGCCGGCCGGCUGCGCACCUUGGCUACCGCUCCCUUGUCCGGGUUUCCCCAAAUGCCUGGGACCAUCCUGCUCCCCUUCCGAUCAGACCAGGGUCUCGGCACUGAACACAAACACAGCUGGUGACGGCCGGUGCCGGCGCCCCGCUGUCGGCACCGGCCGGGCCUCCAGAUGUCACCUCUGUUGACGGGGUGUGUACGGCGCUGUCAGGACCGCAGACAAUCCACAUAUGCACCCAGUGCCUCACUGUUUUGUACAUGACAUGUCUCCCCCGUGACGGCCGAGAACGCACCAGGAAUCCUCGUCACCCGUCCCGCUGCCUCGCUCCGCCCCGCGCCCCGGUCGUUCCCGUUCUCUCCUGUCCGUGCAGUCCGGCUCCGUCCCUCCUCGAGCGGCCCCGUCCCGUCCCGGUGAUGUUGUCCGCCGUUGUUUCCCAGUCGUGCCGAGCUCACCCAUGACAGUCCUGACCUCACCGUCCGAGUCGCCCCCCCCCACUCCCGACCUCAGCUCGGUCACAGUCGUCACCGUACAUUCCGCCGGGUCCUCUGGCCUCCGGCACGUCCGUGCUUGUUUAUUUUGGGAAAUAAAUCAAGAUGUGUGUUGGA